AUGAAUCCAUUGUUUCUGUAUGAUCAACGCGUUCUUAUUCAGCAGUAACUUUUGCUACAAUAACUUGUUUAAUACAAUUCAAUGAUAGCCCUAAGGUAAGCUUUUAUAUUCUAUAAACUUUUAGGAAUGCUUGCUCAUUCCAAGUAUAAUAAUGCCAAUAAAUUCAACCUCAAUCUCCUCUUGAAAUACAGACCAAUGAGCAGAAGACCAUAAAAAAUGAUGAAAUAAAUGACGAGUUAAGUUCGUUUGAACUAUCGAAAUCUCUUAGAUUGUCCAAAAACAUAAAAAAGUCAAAGGAAACUAAAUCUAACAAAGCAAAUACAUCUCUAAAAUAAACUAAAAAAAGAAUUUUCUUAUCAAUGAAAGACAUCAAGGAUGUCCAAUAUAAAAAGUAAAAAUUUCACUUUACCUAGAUAUAAAAUCACAAAUGAUCACUAGAAUGAUGAAGUAGUAAAGAAUUAAGAAGAGAAGAUUUGA